AUGAGUCACCUGCUGUGGAAAUAUUACUGGGAAAACGAUGUCGACAGGUUUCGACGUCUAUUGGACCCUGCCGCCGCGGCAGCGCCUGCCGGAUCCAAGAGCCCAGUGAUUGGCAGUGCCGGAUGGCCCAGCCCGGGUGGCCUUAGCUCUUCGCCGCGCCUCGCGCCCAAGUCGCGCAAGGCUGCCACCAGGUUUAAAGAUUCCACCAACACCAUUGGAAGGGCCGAGAUCAACAGUCGCGACCAUUCUGGCCUCACGAUCCUGCUGCGCGCCGCCUCCUCGACCGACCCCACCGCUCGAGACUUUGUCCACGCCCUCGUCGAACACCCCGCCAUCGACCUAUGUGUACAGGACCCCGAGAGCGGCUGGAAUGCCCUCCACCGGUCUCUGUACAGUGGCAAUGUCUCCAUUGCGCGCAUCAUUCUUGCCAAAGAACGCGAAAACAUCCUUUCCGGAACCACCUCAUCCACCGGCCGAGUCGGAAGACUCAUCAAGACCAAAGAUCACGAGGGAAACAGCCCCUUCGACGUUUACAACUCGACAAUCGCGACUCGGUCCUUGAACCGAGGCCAGCUUAAUGAGGAUUCUGACAAUGAGUCCGACAGUGGCGAAAGCACGGCAGACUACAACGAACUCGCGAAGUCUGUCCAAUUAGCCGCGUCAUCCAAUGACGGCGACGAGCUUUUUGUGUUUGGGAGCAACAGAAACAUGUCUCUUGGAGUUGGUGACGAAGAUGACCGCCAGUAUCCCGAGCGUAUCCACCUCCAGCGCCCAGACGGCCUCUUGCGCCACUUGUACGAGUCCUAUCUCGGACAGGAGGAUGCUGAACUGAUCGCUUCCUCGUUGGAGAUCGAGGAUAUCCCCAUCAUGGUUCGCAGUCUCCCUCUUCUCAUUCAAGACAUUGCCAUGUCAAAGCUCCACACGGCCGUCUUGACGACCGAUCCUGUUAGCAACCUCUUCAUCGCCGGUCUUGGUCGAGGUGGACGUCUUGGCCUUGGAGAUGAGAAUACCCAAUUCAGGUUUGUCCCAGUUCAGGGCCCUCUGGCAGACAAGAAGAUUCGACAAGUCGCUCUCGGGCAGAAUCACUCUAUGGCCAUCGCUGGCAACGGCGAGCUCUGGACCUGGGGCCUUAACUCCGAUUCGCAGCUAGGAUACGCGUUACCCCCUCCGACGCGGGCUGAUGAGGAGCCCAUGAGCUUAAUACCACGCCAAGUUUUUGGUACGCUCAAGAAAGAAAUCAUUCAAGGCGUUGCAGCCUCGACUCUCCACUCAGUUGCUUAUACUGGAACUUCACUCUUCUGCUGGGGGCGCAACAUUGGACAGCUCGCGCUCAUGGACGCCGACUCUCGAUCGCUUGACAUCCAGACCACACCACGCAGAGUAGCCGCGUCUCUUUUGACGGCGCCGAUUGUCAUGGUAUCGGCCAUUGACAAGGCGACCACCGUCUUGUUGGCUAAUCACAACGUUUGGGUAUUUACCAACUAUGGUUACAACUUGGUCAAAUUCCCAACUCCUGACGUCUUUGCCAACCACAAUCUCACGUUUUACGCUACUAGACGCGAGACGGGGAGAAAAGACAUCGUUUCCAUCGCAUCUGGUGGAGACACCAUUGCUGCCGUCACAUCUCGGGGCGAUCUGUUUACCAUGAGCGUCAAUAGCAAAGGCGACUUGGAUCAACCCAACGGAUCUACUACAAACCCCUCCAAGAUCAAAGGCGCAGUUUCACAACCUCAGUGCGUGUGGGAUUCUCGCAAAGACGGUGUCACAUCCAUGAGCGUUGGAGAGCAUGGCUCUGUCAUCAUCUGCACCGAGUCUGGCGCUGUAUGGAAACGAGUGAAGCGUACCAAAGGAAACCUGUUGUCCGGUGCUGGUGCGAAAAAGAAAGACUUCAAGUUCGAGCGUAUCCCCUACAUUACCAAUUGUACCAAAGUGCGAAGUUCGACUUUUGGUGCCUUCGCUGCCAUUCGAAAGGACAGCAAGGUCAUGGCCGAGGAAAUUUCGGUUGCGAAGCCAUCCAUUUGGGAGGACAUUGGCUCCCUCCUCUGCUUGAACGACUUUGAGGCAUCCAUGGCUAAGCCUGAUCCGAAGGACCCGAGAAAGGCCUGGGACAAGGCAAUUGCCAGAGAAAAGCACAGCCAUGUUGUUCACGAACUGCUGAAAUCGUCAGAUCUUGAAUCGGACCUUGCGUACAUGCUUGACUCGACACAAUUUGACAAUAUUGACCUUCGGGUCUGCACUACGGCCACGCCCGAUAUCAAGAUUCCGGUGCACGGCUGGCUACUCUCUGCUAGGAGUCCCGUCGUGCUUGGUGCCCUUUCCAAGUUUCGCCGGGGCGGCGGCGGCCAAUCAAACGAAGAUGUCUUUACACUAAGCGAAGAUGAGGGCAGUAUUCUUGUGACUUUCCAGCAGAUUGAUAUACUCACCCUGCUGAAUGUUGUGCUUUUUGCAUAUCUCGACACAACGAUGCCCGUUUGGAAAUACACCAAAGAAGCGAUCCCCCUUGCCCACCGCCACCGACAAGUCAGAACCGAACUUAUGAAACUGGCAACGAGGCUGCAAAUGCCGAAGCUGGAGAGCGCGGCCCGUCUACAGGGGAGCGUUGAGCAUUCAUUGGACUCGGAUCUUCAAAGCGCCAUUUCCGAUAAGCGUUUCUUUGAGGAUGGUGACAUCUUGGUACAACUGGAUGGCGAGGACAUACCUGUUCAUAGUCAGCUUGUUUGCCAGAGAUGUCCCUUUUUCGAAGGCAUGUUUCAUGGACGCUCGCAAGGUGGAUGGCUCACAACCAGACGUCUGGGUCAAACUGCUGAGGACCUUAUAGAAGUCGAUCUUCAGCAUGUCAACCCGGAAACAUUUAUGAUGGUCAUACAGUACAUCUAUGGUGAUGUUGGCGAGGACCUCUUUGAGGACGUGACGUCUGCAUCUCUCGAUGAGUUUUCUGAAACUGUCUUGGACGUCAUGGCCACUGCAAACGAGCUGAUGCUCGAUCGACUUUCACAGUCCUGCCAAUCUGUUAUCGGAAAGUUUGUCACCACGCGGAAUAUUGCCAACUUGCUCAACGAAAUUAGUCCCUGUUCGGUCACUGAGUUCAAGGACGUUGGACUAGAGUACAUUUGCUUGCAGCUGGAAAACAUGCUGGAGAACGGUAACCUCGACGGCAUGGACGAAGAGGUACUCUUGGAUCUUGAUGAAGUUGUGCGCGAGAAUCAGCUUGCCCGUUUACCCUUUGUGCGAAGUGGACGUGCAGAAUUGCUUCUGCAUGAGAAGUACCCAGAUCUCCUCGUCGAUAUUGAAGAAGAGCGCCAACGCCGGGUAAAGGAAUUCGCUUUCAAGGCCACCCAACGCCAACGAGAUGAGGAGAAGAAGCUUUCUUCAUCCUACCGUGCGCGCUUCGGCAGCUUGGAUGAGGUGGCAGCCUUUCCCAGAACGCCCGAUGCUGGUCGACGCAAGUCAAACUUCGCCCGAAACGAGCCCUUCAGCCCCAAUCUUCGGCCCAAAGAAUCGCAUGGAGAUCUCAUCUUUGAUAUGGACGAAGAUGUGGCCAAGUAUGGCGCUGCAUCUUCUCCCGGUGCGCUGUCUCCUAUUCCUCCGCUAGAUCUGGAUGUGGAACCUAUGGCUCAACUUCCUGAGGCUGCUUGGCAGCAGCCCAAAAAGAAGCAUUCGGUCUCAUUCUCCAAGUCGCCCAGCUCCUCUGCCCCCAUUCCGGCGAUGUCAACAUCUCGAAAGUUGGACGGAACCCCUCUUACGCCGCUUACUAAUUCAGCGCGGAAAGCAAGCGGCCCUUGGGCCUCGCCGGUGCUGUCCACUACGAAGUUAGAUCUACGAGGAAUCAUGUCUGAGGCAUCUCCGAAGCCAACAUCUGCACUGGCGGCAAGUCUAGCGGCUGCAUCCAAGGAUGCGCCGUCGCCAAAGGCUCCGGUAAAGAUGUCACAAAAGGAACGCAAGAGACAAAUGCAGAAGCACGCAGAGCUCCAAGUCUCGGCAGAAAAUGAAAAGAUCAGCAGUAAGCCUUGGCAGCCAGUAUCAUCAGGCGGCAGUCCAGCGCCAUGGAAGGCCGCAUCGCCCGCCCCCAAGGUAUCGCUACAGGAGGCCAUGGCUUUCGAGUCGCAAAAGCGCGGGCUGGUUCCCAAUGCCAAGCCUCUUGUUGCUGCCGAGACGGAGCGUGAGGUCAAGCGCCGCACAGCGUCGCCAGAUACCAAGUUUUCCGGGCAGAACCGCAACCGACGCGCGGCAGCAGACUCGCCGGCGUCGACUAGCAAGCAAGCGGCAAGCCGACUCGUCCCGCACUCCAAGUCGUACAUUACGCGGGAGCGCAAGGAGGAGCCGCUGGCUGGGGCGACGUUGGCCGACAUCAUCGGGCAGCAGGAGCGCGAGCAGGAGCUGGUCAAGGAGGCUGUGGCAAAGCGAUCCCUGCAGGAGAUUCAGCAAGAGCAGGCGUUCCAAGAGUGGUGGGACCAGGAGAGCCGCCGCGCGCAGGAGGAGGAGCAGCAGCGCUCAGCGCGGCCGGCGCGGGAGAGAGGCGACGGAGGCGCUGGUAAGCGCGGGAGAAGAGCCCGUGGCGGCGGCGGCGGAGGAGGGGCUAGCACUGGUCAUGCUGGUGCUGGUUGGAGCAAACCGAGCAAAGGCAAGGAAGCCGCCGACAAAGGAGAGACACCACGCAGGGCAACGCCGGGCUCCAGGUCGCGUGGAGGAGACAAGGUUGCAGCUGGCAAGGGCGCAGCUGGGAGAGGUGGCAAGAAGUGA